CGUCCGUGGCCAAUAUUCGGAAGUUUUGUAAAGACCACGGGUUAAAAAGACAGCGAGUGACGGACCAACAACUUGAAGCUGCAGUCUCCAAUGCAAUAACACAGGGUGGUCCUACCUAUGGCAGGAAAAUGAUGACUGGGAGUCUUGCAGCUGCAGGUGUCUUUGCAUCAGAGGGUCGUGUUGGAGCUGUUUUGCGCAACAUUCACCCACCUUACCAUAAGGCACGAUGCCAGGGAGCAAGGAACCUCAACCCUCUUCCUUACCAUGCAGCCUAUGUGGGUCACAAAAUCCACAUGGACCAAAAUGAGAAGAUUGUCAUGUUUGGCGUGACUCAUGUGCUGGCAAUAGAUGGCUUCUCCAGCAAAAUUGUUGGACAAGCUACUAUGCCUGUAAAGAACAACCUCACCAUCUACAAUGACGUUUACAGGAGUGCAGUAAUGGAAUAUGGGAUGUGGGACCAGGUCAGAGUGGAUCAUGGAAAGGAGUUCUACCUCACUCUUUUCAUGCAGGAGAAGUUGGCCAGCCACCGCCACAACACUGAAAGGCCACCAUAUCUCCAAACACCAUCGACAAAGAAUGACAGAAUCGAGAGAAUCUGGCCAGAAGCCAACAACCGGGUUCACUACCCGUUGAAAGCUGCAUUGGUCCAACUGGUGGAUCAGGAGGAGCUGGACAUGGAGGACCAGAUGACUCGGUUCUGUGUGUCAUCUUUGACAUGCCAGUUGGCCCAGAUCGGUGUUAACCGAACUGUGCAAGCAUGGAAUGCACACAGGAUUCCUGGGAGGGGGAUACCAAAUGACUUGGCCAGAGAUGGAUGCCCAAAGAAGCUGUCGACAGACCUUUUGCCAAAUGCAUCUGUGGCUGCAGACUGGUACGACCAGGAAGUGGGCUCACUGACAGAGUGUCAGACUUUGGCACCAACCCAUUUCCAAGUUUACAGGACCAGGAAGCUGCAGUGAGGGGAUUUGCUCUGCAGUGCCCUGAUACAAGUGGACUGCUGGACAAUGCAGUGAAUAAUCUGCCACAACCGUUCAAAGAUGGACUCAAAGGCCUCAUCGACAUCUCAAGGAGAAGUUGUCAACGCUGAUGUUUUUGUGUGUGUCUAAGUUGUUAUUGUCUGUGCUUUUUAAUUGGUUCAACUGACGGAAUGUUUUUUUCUUUUCUUCAAAUGUUGGGGGUCUAAAGGGAGAAAUAUGUUCUUUUUGAAUAAACACUUCUGUUGUCUUCAAAGUC